AUGUUCUACCAACCUGGAGUCACCGAACAUGGACUACCCCAUGAUCCCUUCAAGGCCUGCGUCGUUCCCCGCCCAAUUGGAUGGAUCUCCACGAAGAACAAGCACGGCCAAUGCAACCUGGCGCCCUACUCACAGUUCAACAACCUGACCUUCGACCCACCGUACGUAAUGUUCUCCUCCAACCAGACGGCCCAGGGGAUCCGAAAGGACACGGUCAUUAACGCCGAGGAGACCGGGACCUUCGUGUGGAAUCUCGCCACCUGGGACCUGCGCGAGGCCGUCAACAUCACCGCCGAGCAGACCCCCUACGGCACCGACGAGUUCGAGCUCUGCAAGAUCACCAAGGAGCAGGCUACGCUGGUGGAUGUCCCCAUGAUCAAGGAGUCCCCUGUCAAGUUCGAGUGCGAGUACCACACCACCGUGCGCCUGCCGGGCAACCCGCCCAUGGGCACCGUCGACAUCGUGAUCGGGAAGGUGAUCGGUGUGCACAUUGCGGACAGCGUGCUCACCGACGGCCUGCUCGACAUCAAGAAGACGCAGCCCAUCGCGCGCUGCGGCUACUACCAGUACACCGUUGUGAAGGACACCUUCGAGAUGAUCAUCCCCAACAUGUCGGCCGAUGUGCUAUAUGGGUUGGAGGGGAAUGCGGCGAGGAAUCGCAGCAAGAAUGAAGCGAACAAGGCGGCGACAAGUCAGAACCGUGUCUGA